AUGAAGUCCAGGAACCUCUUAUUCCUUGUGGCAUCCCUUACCCUUGCGACUCUGGCAUCAUCAGGGACCCUUAAGCCUUCUAGAAAAGAAACCAUGAGAGGAGGGAGUUGCCCCUAUGAUCCCUUCCUCUGUAUUCAGGAAGAGCCCAGGGAGUGCCUGAGAGAUGAGCAGUGCUCCAACAAUCAGAAAUGCUGUUAUUAUCGUUGUGGCUUCAAGUGUGUGUCCCCCGUGGGGACUAACGACACAGCUCCAGUGAAAGCAGGGCAAUGCCCACCUAAGACAGACCUGUGUCUGACUCCAAACCAGUGUGAAGAUGAUGGGCACUGUCAGGACACCAUGAAGUGCUGUGAGGGCAUGUGUGGGAAGGUCUGCACAGCUCCAGUGACAGGAAGCUUGACCCAGAUCUCCUUUGCCUUCAUGCUCUGA